AUGAGUCCCUCAACACCAACACCAACACCAGCAGAAUACCCUCCACCUCCCGACUUGGAUUCCAGCGAUGUCACAUAUCUAAGCUCAGAAAUGGCAGCACCCGCGGUUUCAACGCCUGAAGACCUCAAAUGCACUAAGUACGAACUCGAUCAUCGAGGAUGGCGUCGAAUUCUUGUCAAUUUUACGCCUUCGUGGUUUACUGUAACCAUGGGUACAGGCAUCACCUCAAUCCUACUGCAUAAUCUGCCCUACGAUGGCCAAUGGCUGUUUUACAUAUCAGUUGUAAUAUUCUGUUUGAACAUUGCUAUAUUUGUGCUCUUUAGCUGUAUUUCUAUUGUUAGAUAUACUGUUCUAAGAGGGUCGUGGUCUUCAACGCUCCGGCAUCCCGCACAAGCUGUUUUUCUGGGAGCAAUUCCAGUUGGUCUCGCUACGAUUAUAAACAUGAUCGUCUUCGUCUGUGUGCCAGCUUGGGGUGAGAGGGCUGUCCACCUUGCAUGGGCAUUGUGGUGGGUAGAUAUCGUCAUGGCCAUAGCCUGUAACCUCUAUAUCCCACAUUGUAUCAUGCGCACAGAAGGUAUUACGCUCGAUCAAGUGAACCCGUCAUGGCUUUUCCCCGUCAUUGCCGACAUUGUCGCAUCCGGCUCUGGAGCCAUAGUCGCCAAUGUCCUCCCAAACGAUCAACACGCCAUCUGGACUGUCAUCACCAGUUAUGUCCUCUGGGGAACCAGCGUACCCAUGGCGAUCCUUAUACUCGCCAUGUAUUACAACCGUCUCAUGAUUCACGACUGCCUUCCUAGCCAAGUCGCCGUGACCUCUUUCAUCGCCAUCGGUCCCCUCGGCCAAGGAGCAGCAGCAAUUCAACUCCUCGGCAGCGUCGCCCUCAAAGCAUUUUCCCGCAACAACUUCAUCCCUAUGGCUCCCAUAGCAGGCCAGUUCUUCUAUCUCACCGGGAUUCUCACGGCUCUCAUAAUGUGGGGAUUCGCUCUCGUGUGGCUGUCCUUUGCUCUCGCCACUAUCGCUAGACGCGAACUGACGUUCAACCUAACAUGGUGGGCGUUUACUUUCCCCCUUGGGGUCUUUACAGUUGCGACGACAACCUUGGCUAAGGAGCUUCCUUCGCGGUUCUUCAAGGUGCUGGGCACUAUCUUCUCUGUUGCCGAGACUUUGCUAUGGAUCAUGGUGGCUUGUGGAACGAUUAAGGCAAGUUUGAAUGGCGACCUCUUCAAACCACCACAGCUUGAGGUUUGGGAGAAGAAAAUGAGAGAGGUGGAGGAAGAUGAAAGACUCAAAGACUCUCAUGUUUGA